CAGACGUAUAUUGAACGGUGAAGAAUUCAGAUUUCACAGCUCUAUGUCUCCAACAAUGUCAUUGGAGGAGUCUAGAAGAUCGCAACGCCCCUACAGGUACGGCAUGGUACUUCUAUGUGUGGGCGCGCUGAUCAAUUGGUUGGGCCUUGCUGAAAAUUACGUGGAACCAGUGCGAUAUGUUGGAGUAGCUUGUAUAGUAGCAGGGGCCUUACUAAUAUGUGCUGCCAUGUGUUGUUGGCUUCAUGCCCCACCAACCAGAACCAGCACAAAUACACAUCACACGAGUCAUCCAAUCACUGCCCAGACGACAACGACAACAAUAACAGCCAGCGACGUAAAAGCCAUUUCUUCUUACUCAAGGGGCCUCAAAAUGUCGACAUUUUAUGAGAGUCCGUGA